UUAUAAAAACUUUCCAGUCCAACAAGUUCCAUUCGUUGGUCACCAUGCCGUCUAAAAUUCUCUUUGCUUUCGUCCUCCAAAUUUACCUCGUUACGUGUCAGGAUGGAGAGCCCUUAUUUUUGACGCCGCUCAUUAAGGCGGGAAAUAUCACGGAGGCACAACGGCUCAGUAAAGUCGGGGGGUUUUUGGCGUACCCAGAAAUCACGAGCUAUUCCGGAUUUAUAACGGUUAAUGAGGAGUACAAUUCCAAUCUAUUCUUCUGGUUCUUUCCUGCGCAGAAUAAUUCGACCGAUGCGCCCGUCUGGCUUUGGAGCGAGGGUGGGCCCGGUAUCACCGGCCUGCACUCACUCUUCAGCCACAACGGUCCCUACUUCCUGGAGGAAGAUAAGCACAUUCGUCUACGAAAUAAUUCCUGGCACAUGACGCAAAAUAUUGUCUAUUUGGAUAGCCCCGUCGGCGUGGGAUUCAGUUUCACCCAGAACGAGGCAGCAUACGUUAAAUCCAGUGAAGAAGCAGCGCCCGCAAUUUACGAAUUUUUACUCCAAUUUUUCCAAUUAUUUCCUCAUCUGGCACAGAAUGAUUUCUAUAAUGGAGGAGUUUCCUAUGGAGCAUCAUACGCGAGCGUGGUGGCGAAUUAUAUCCACACCCAGAAUCAAAAUAGUCCCAAUUUUGCCAUAAAUUUGAAAGGAAUCCUGCUCGAGUCGCCGUGGGUUGACCCGAUUUCUCAAUUCGAUUAUUCCACUUAUCUCCAUAACGUAGCCAUCAUUGAUGACAAAACGAAAAGGGAGUGCGACGUUAAGGCCGACAUAGUCAAGGAGCAGAUCAACCAAGGAAAUUAUUUGGGUGCCUUUGCAACGUGGCAACAAUUGGUCGGCUCCAUUCCUACCGCUGCGGGAUUCUACCCAAUGUACAAUAUCAUUAAGGAUACGAUAAACUACCCGAAUUUUACCGACCUGGUAAAUUCGGAGUCUGGCAGACGAUCUCUGCACGUGGGAAAUAUGUCCUUCUCCUUCGUCUCGCCACGUGUUCAGGGCGACAUGCACAACAAUUUCAUGGCCUCGGUAAAAUCGCAUUUAGAAUCCGUACUAAAUGCAGGAUACAAAGGGAUCAUGUACGUCGGUAAUUUGGACGCCGGACUUCCCGGGGUUGCGGAUAUGGUAAAGAAUUUGAACUGGGAUGGAGCCGAGGAAUUGAACAAUAGCACGAGAGGAAUUUGGCGGGUGGAUGGAAAAGUUGCGGGGUAUUUGAAUUCCGCGCGGAAUGCGAACUACAUUGUUAUGAGGAAUGCGGGUCAUGGAUGCAACGGGGACCAGCCCGAAUGGGGUUUCGACCUUGUUAACCGAUUUACUAAAGGAGACUCCUUUAUUGAAGGGUUGAAGUGAUCAAGCAUAAUUUUACAUGGACAUAAUUAAACCAUCGAUUAUUUUAUCAAAUUUUGCAUUAGAUACAUUGGUUCAAAUCAAAUUUAAAUAUUUGGUAAUAAAAUCUAAUUUAAUACAUUCAAAUACAUA